AUGUCAUCUCAAGCAGGAAAAACCCUCCAGGCGAUCAAGUUUGAUCGCGAGCAGGUUACACUACAGAUUCUUGACCAGCUUCUCCUCCCAUACAACUCGCAGUACAUCGAUGUCUCCACCAUCAGCACCGGGUACGACGUCAUCAAGUCGAUGCAGGUGAGAGGGGCGCCCGCUAUUGCCAUUGUGGGCUGCUUUUCCAUCAUUGUGGAGCUUCACACCGCUAUUGUGGCUAAACAGAACGACUUCCAGUACACUUUGAACGACUUUGCGGUCUUCAAGACCCAGUUGGUUGCGAGAAUCCACUACUUGAUUAGCUCACGUCCUACCGCCGUUAACUUGUCGAAUGCGUGCAACGAAAUCAUAGCUCUUGUGGAAUCACACUCGAACUCUUCGUCCGCCGCUGCCUUGUACGCUGCCAUUUAUUCCUACGGAGUACAGCUCUACGACGACGAUUUGGCCAACAAUUUCCGGAUCGGCGCUAACGGUGUGGCGUACAUGAACCAGAUUUUGGGCGGGGAAAAUGCCACUCCAUACUCCAUCAUGACGGUGUGCAACACCGGCGCUUUGGCCACGUCUGGCCAUGGGACUGCCUUGGGAAUCAUCAGAUCCGCGUGGCGAUCGCCCUCCUCCGACCUCAAGCACGUGUUCCCGUUGGAAACCCGUCCAUACAACCAGGGGGCGCGUUUGACCGCGUACGAACUCGUGUACGAGAACAUUGCGGCCACUUUGAUCACCGAUUCGAUGGCCUCUUACCUCAUCCAUACGUUGAAGCAGCAGCAGGACGCCGCCAAGCCGCCAAUCAGGUUCAUCAUCGUCGGCGCCGACAGAAUCGUGCGCAACGGUGACACCGCAAACAAGAUCGGAACCUUCCAGCUUGCCACCAUUGCCGAACACAACCCAGAUAUCCGCUUCAUUGUGGCUGCUCCGAAGACCACCAUCGACUUGAAGAUGGCCAGCGGUGCCGAGAUCGUUAUUGAGCAGAGACCGGGUGCUGAGUUGACCCAGGUGACCGGCGGGGUUAUUGACCCUGUCACGAGCAGUGUUAGAGUGUUAGAAACCGGGGCUGAGAUCGGCAAGGUCGGUGUUGGUGCCCCGGGCAUCAGCGUCUGGAAUCCAGCGUUCGAUGUCACACCGUACCAGUUGAUUGAUGCAAUUGUCACCGAGGACAAGGUUGUGGUCAAGGGCCCCGAUGGGAAGUUUGAUUUAGUUGGGUUGUUCUAG